UUACGGGGCAAUGAUGACAAGUUAUCCAGGGGCCAAAUUGUUAAUAAGGUAAAUGCCAAAAAGUGAUGGCUUGUACCCUGUUAACAAUUGUCCACCUUGGGCUUACCAUCAACGUUUGUUAUUUUGGGACGGAGAAUGAAGGUGUCUAGGUCUAGGACUAAGGACUAAGGACUAAGGACUAGAAAACGGUGAAAAGAUAGAGCUAUAUUGAACAAAGCAUGCUUCUAAAACGACAUCUAAUUUCGUGCGACAUAGCUAUAUGCUAUGUCUGCUUGGAAAUGCCUUUUGCUUCAUUAUUUAGUUUAGCAAAUUUAUGUGUUUAAUGUAUUUCAAAUUGUGGAAAUGGACGUGGACUUGGCUCUUUCAGCCAUGGUAACUUCCAAGGUUUUGGUUGCGCCCAAGUGGUCAUCAUGGUGGUGUGCAUGAUACUCUGCAUUUACACUGUGACGGAGGACUAUAUAGUGGCCUAUAUCCUGAUUCUAACUUCCUGUGAGUUUACCACCACAUCCGGAGAGAAAACUCUUCUGGCCAACGCAGCGAUGUUUGGCAUGGUGUCCUCCGGUUUAUUCAUUGGCAUUUUUGCGGACAAAUACGGCAGGAAAUUCGCCAUCCAAGUGACUUUGUUGGGAUCGCUCAGCUUCUCUUUCAUAUCCUCCCUUAUGCCGGAGGUCUAUUCGAUGGCGGUUAUGCGAUUCAUUCUUGGGGUUUUCCUCAACGGUCCCGCCUCCUUGGGGAUUGGCUACCUAAUGGAGUAUUAUGCACCGAAAUGGCAUGCCUUGGCGGUCAGUGUUCAGGUCCAGGGAGUAGCAUUGGGUUUGUUCUACAAUCCGGCUAUGGGUGGGCCAUCCUGCCAGGGCAGUACAGCUGGAGGAUUAGCAGCAAUAUUGAGGUCCGAACGUGGCGCUUCUACAUGUGGGUGAUAACCGUUCCCGGCUGGUUGGCUUUCUUCGGAUUGUUCUUUGUGCCGGAGAGCCCCUACUUCCUGAUGUAUGCA